CAGUAAAUGGAAAUAGUAUUCGCGACGAGCAGAAUUUGGUCCAGGUUGAAGUGUGGGGAAAGGCCGCCAUUGGGCUCUACUUUUGGGAGCAUAUCAUGGAAGGACGUCUUCAAAGGCACGACAAUGAGCUUGUAAAAGUAGGUGAAAAAAAUAAUUAAUAACAUUAAAUUCAAGUUUAGAACAGGAGCAGGAAUUAUACCCCAAAAUGCUCCACGCGGAGCCGAAAAUCUUGUUCUUAUAAUAAAUGGAAGAACUGAAGAAAAAAUAAAAUUUGCUAAAAUGUGGCUAGACUCAUUAAGAAAACUGCCCAAAUUAAAAAAUACUGCCGUGAUCUUAUUGGGUAAUCAGCAGUGUAACAAUGAGUGGUUAUUACCAUAUAUGGUAAAUGAAGGUGGAUCAGUUCGCAUUGCAUUCAUUGUGUACGAUAUUACAAAUUUGAAUUACAAUACAUUUCAAUGGCCAUUAGGUGUAGCAACCUAUAGAAAAUUUCAUAAAAUUAACCCCCAUGAAAUAGAAAUAUCAAAGUAUCGGCCUUACAAGUGUAACUUUCUGGGAACAGUGUAUCGCAAUUCUUCAAGGGAAAUCCUCCAGAAGGUAUUUUAUGACAAUAAGCUUUAUUUAGCUUGUUAUUUGAGACUAAGGGAGGAGUGGCAGCCAAAUGAGAGUAAAGAGACUGCAGAAGAAUACUAUCACACUUUACUAAACAGUGAUUUGACUUUGUGUCCUGUUGGUAUAAAUGCUGAGUGUUAUCGUAUCUAUGAAGCAUGCUCUCUGGGCUCUGUGCCUGUUGUUGAAGAUGUCAGAACUCGAGGAAACUGUUCAAUUGCACCCUUAAGACUUCUUAAAUACUACAAAGCACCUUUUAUUUAUCUUAAAUCAUGGAAAGAGUUGCCUGGAAUUCUGGAGAAAGAAAAUCUUUUGACUUUUGAAGAAAAGAAAAACAGGAGGCUGAAGUUGCUUCAGUGGUAUGAGAUGUUCAAAAAAAAGCUUCAACACACAUUUGUUGCGCAGUUGGAAAAAACACUUUUUAGUUCUAGCCUAUAAUGUGUUUGUCAUGAUUAGGUUGAAUCGUGUAAUGGAAAUUUUGAAAGAGAUUUCCCUAAAUAACUAAUAUAUAUAAUUAAUAACAAAUUAGGUUCAUCAAUCAAAUAAAGCAGAGCGAAGAAUUGCCAAUUAUGAACAUGCCUCAUCUAUUAUCAAGAAAUUAAUUUUUCCUUAAACCAGCGAACACUUUCCAGGUUUUCAUGCAGCAAUUUUUAAUAGUAGACGAAUUAAUACAGAAAUCAGUGGUAAAAAAGAAAAACUAUUCUUUAAAUUUAUCAAGUAAUAAAGAAUCAACA